CUGAAUCAUAUGAGGUUGGCGCGAAAAGUACAAGGUUGUGCGUUACAAGAUGUCACAAGAAGCUACUAUCAUAGCAGUCGAUAACAGUGAUUACAUGAGGAAUGGGGAUUUCUUCCCAUCUCGUUUACAAGCACAGAAUGAUGCUGUAAGCUUGAUUUGUCAAAGCAAACGCCAACGCAAUCCCGAAAAUACACUUGGUUUGUUGUCUCUUGCCAACACAGAGGUUUUGUGUACAUUGACAAAUGAUGUGAGCAAAAUAUAUAAUCGUCUGCACCUUGUGGAACCAAAAGGAAGUAUUAUUUUCUGCUCAUCCAUCAGGAUUGCACACUUAGCCCUUCGUCAUCGUCAAUUGAGGCAUCAGAAAAUGAGGAUUGUGUGUUUUAUCGGCAGCCCUAUUAUAGAAGACGAAAAAGAAUUGAUUAAACUCGCUAAACGACUCAAGAAAGAGAAAGUCAAUGUGGACAUUAUUAAUUUCGGUGAAAAUGAAGUGAAUGAGAAAAAAUUGUCGGAGUUCAUUGAUACACUGAAUGGGAAAGAUGGCACAGGUUCUCAUCUUGUUUCUAUUGCACCAGGGACAGUUUUGCAUGAUACUUUGGUGACAAGUCCUAUUGUUGCUGGCGAAGAUGGUUCUGGACUUGCUGGUGCAGGUUUAGGACUAGAAUUUGGAUUAGAUGCCGCAGAAGAUCCAGAUCUCUUAUACGCACUCAGAGUAUCUAUGGAAGACCAGCGUAUGAGACAAGAACAUGAGGUUAAUGCAGACGCUGGUAAUGCGCCUACUGCAGCCACUUCUUUACCAGCCGGGUCAGGUACUUCUGAAGAGGUUAUGCUUCAACAGGCUUUGGCUAUGUCAAUGCAAAUGGAUAAUGCAGGAUCGGCAGGAUUACCUAUGGAUAUUGAUUUGGCAGCAAUGUCUGAAGAAGAUCAAAUCGCCUAUGCACUGCGUAUGUCUCUUCAACAAAUGGGAGAAGAAACUGCACAACCAACUGCUACAGAGUCGAAUAAGACUAAUGUGGAAGCCUCGCCGAUUACAACAGCUAUGGCUAUGGAUGUAGAUCAAACACCAACUAAAGCUGUAGAAAAGACAGAAGGAUCUACAGUCUCUGGGGGAUUGCCAACGGAUACUGCUGCCGCCGUUACCACUACGAGCUCAGCAGCAGCACCAUCGACAACAACAACAACAGUUCAUGCACCUGCUGAUUUAGAUGUUAUCUAUGAUGUAGCAUUUAUUGAAUCUGUUCUACAAAGUCUCCCUGGUGUAGAUACACAAAAUGAAGAUGUACGCAAGGCGAUAAGUGCACUGACUAAAUCUCAAUCUCAAGGGGGUGGUGCUGGUGGUGGCGGUAGUUCAUCAUCAAAUGAUCAUGAUGAAGAGAAUAAGAAUAAGAAGAUGAAGACGGCUGAGGAAGAUGAUAAACAGGAUAAAUGAUGAGUAGGCUGGGUUAUUAUUAUUGUGAUUUUGACUGCUGACCAGUGUUUGUGUUUGUGUGCGCCUGUGUGUGUGUGUACAUGAUGACUUAGUCCUGUGAAUUCGCAUCCAAACACAAAAUAUUCCAUUCUAAGAAAAGUUUUUGUCAAUCCAUUCUUCUCUCAUUAUUACUAUUAUUUUCAUUAAAGAAUGAAUGGAUGAAUAAAUACACAUUCUGAGUUGUUUAUUUACCAGUUAUUUUCAACUAUUGGUUUUGUAGGGAUUUUGUUUUU